AUGUUCGCCAUCGGAUUAGCGGCCGGCUAUUUCCUUUAUCAGAGUGGUAUACUCCAAAAACUAACUGGGAAACUAUUUUCCAAAAAAGAAGCUGAUAACCCCAGACUAGUUCGCACGGAUAAGAAUGGCACUACUUACUGGAAAUUCAAAGCAAGAAAUAAGAAGCAAGUCAUUAAAGAAAAUAACCCUCAAUCCAGCCCAGUAAUGGAUAAUAUUCAGAAAUUUCAGCAACGGCAAGCCCAAACUGAACAAAGACCAAACCUGGUCGAAAACCAAUUAAAAAAUUAUGGAAAUAACUCUAACGCAAUCGGUGAUUUAAAUGGUAGUUUAUCAACCUUAAAGCCUGAUAAUUCCGAAACUACUAAACUAAUUACUUACGCCCUAGUUGCUACGGCAAUUGUCGGAAUCUUUGGAGCCCUCAAUAACUUUUAUGAUGAGAAAUUAAAAGAUACUAUUGAAAACAAAAGCACCGAGUAUAAGAAUUUAGCCAGUGAUUUUAUUGCUAAAAGUUUAAACUAUCAAAAAGCUAUGUUAGCGAUUGGCUUGGGAAUUUUCCUGUUAUUGGCUCUGGCCUAUUUCUGA